AUGAAAAAUAAGAUUGUAUCACUUUUCAUAAAAAGAGAACAUUUAAUUCUCUUGUCUAAAAUGUAACUCAAUGAUUAAAAUGAGCAAAUUUUGGAAAUUGACUAAGUCAAUUAGAAGAUUGAAAAUAGUAUUUUAAAAACAGAGAGAUGGCCUUAAUUAGAUUUGGAUUAUUUUUAGAAUUCUUUUGUAUAAAUAGUAAAUUUGUCAUUUGCCUAUUAUAAAAUGUAUUUUCCAGUUAAUUCAGCUUUACAAAUUAGAGAUCAUUUGAAGUUUACUCAAUGCUUAAAGUAAAUUAAUUAUGGAGGUGUAACACUUGAAGAAGUCUUUAAAUAAUAAAGGGUAGAAGUGAAUCCCUAUAAUAGUUACGAUUAGUUACUUCUCUAUCUAUUCGACUCUCAGAUGAGCCUCUGAUGCCAAAAAUAUUUAACAACAAAUUAGAUUUUGAUUACAUUUCUCUUCUACAAUCAAAGUAUUUUAAUCAAAGAAACCCAGAUUAUUAAACACCUUAUUAGAUUCUCAAUCUUAAACAUUUUGAAAUGAAAAUUAACACCAGGCCUUUUAGAGAAAUAUCUAUUUCUUCAAUCCAAGAUGUUCCUUAAUUUCAAUUAAUCAAUCCUCAAUUAAUCUAACCAAUUAUAAAUUAUGACACUUUAUAUACUACUUUUGAAUAUAAAUUAAAUAAGCUAAUGUCAAGAAAUUUAUAAAUUCAAUAAACUAUUAAAAAUUAUUACUAAUAAGUUAAAUUGUUUGAAGAAAAUUAUAAUUAAAACGAUUAACUCAAAUUAAUAUUUAAUUUAUAAAUCUAAAAGCUUAGAGAAACUACAAUUAAUGAAAAUUAGAAUAAGAUGUUUAAAUCAAAAAUAUAAACAAAUUUAAAUUCAAUUCAAAUUGAGUCUGAUAAAGUAAGUAUGUUAAAUAGUUUAAACUCAAAUGAUAGUGAUAGAAAUAAAUCUUUUCAAUAAUCAAUUAAAAGGUUAAAUAAAAAUGAUUCUUUUUGUGAUCAUGAUAAACUAAGAGCUGCAGACAGAUAAUAAAAAUUAAAAAAUAGGAUAAGAAAUUUAAACACUAUCAUUUUUAAUUAAGUAAAUGAUAUAAGAAAAAAUUAAAUAAAAAUUGAACAAGAUGAUUAAAAUAAUUUUAAAUAAUCUCAAUUUUAAAUAGUAAAAGAUUAGCAAAAUUUAAGAUCAUUAACUCAAUAUACAAUAGAGGAUAAUUAUAAAUCUGAAAUAAAUUUACACUAAAGUUAUCAUGCAUAAAAAAGUCCUAUACUUAAAUAAAUUGAUAAUUAAUUUAAGGAUGAGGAGAAAUAAUCUUAAUUAAUUGAUUAAUUAAGUAGUAGUAUAGAAAUUUAAGGUUAGAGAAAAAAUUAUAAAUUAAGAAGAUCGCAAUAUGCCCCUGAAAAUAGAAAAUUUGAUGAUGGAAGUUGUAGUAAUAAUACUGAACAUAUAAAACAAAGUACUCACUCAAUAAAAAAAUAAAAUAAUAAAUCUAUUGAACGUUUAACUUUGAAACCUAUAGAUUAUGUAUAGGUUUGUUCUGGGGAUAAAAAAUUAUAAUAAACUGAAUAAUUUAUAUUCCAAAAAAAGUAAAAGAGAUAUCAAACAUAAGAAAAGGAAGAAUUCGCAUUAAAUGAUAUUUUAAAAUUGAAAAAACAAAGCCACUAAAGUGUGAGAAAUGCUUUACUAUUACUAACUUGUGCUCGUUCAGAGUAACUUUUAACUUCAUUGAUAGCUAGUGGAACUAUUAAACAUUAAUAAUAUUAGUCUUUCUUAUAACCAAUUAAGAUAUAUUCUAAAGCUAAAUAUCUGACUCCAAAGUGAUAUAUUUACAUAAAAUCAAUGU